UUGGCAUUUUGUCAAUCCAUUGCGGUAUUGGCCGAAACGGCACAGCGGUUCUUGGACAUUAGUCAUGCCGUGAGACUGUACGAAGCCAUUGGAGCUGGGAGUAGUAGCAGUGCUGGAGUGGCAGCGGCAGCCACGGCCACUAGUUCUGCUGCUGGCGACCAAGGAUCCACUGGCAAAACAAAGAAAACGAAGACACCGACCAGUCCCAACGUGUUUUCGGAUGACAUGGCCAAGUUGUUGGGAGACGACACUGCUUCCACAACACCCAAGAAGAAGGACGAAUCUUCCAAGGAUGCCGCUGCCAGUGCUGCCAGCAACUUACAAGAAGGCGGAUUUCAUGGUGGCAACCUUGGGGCUAGUCCGUCUGGCAAGACAUUGAUCAAUAGCACCUACCAAGAUGAAUUGUCAGCGUUGCAGGAGACUGUUUCUGCAUGGGUCAUUCACAUCACCACGGAUUUCUCCGAAUAUUCUUCGCCCAUCAAACAAGCUUUGCUGGAGAGCAAUCUCUCCCGCUUGUGCAAUUUCUUUGGUUUGGAAGGGGUGAUGGCAUUUAUCCUUCCGCAAGUCUUGGCCUUUUUGAACGAUCGAAAGGAUGCUCAAUUGCGGUCCGCUCUCUUUUGCCAUUUGCCAUCGGUAUGCCGUAUCGUGGGGCGGUCUGCCACUGAGCACUUUGUCCUUCCCUGUCUGGAAAGCGGAUUGGUCGAUGGCGAGGAACAGGUCGUAGGAGCUGCCAUUCGCUGUUUGGCCGAGUUGAUCGAAUUGGGAUUGUUGUCGAGAUCCGUGCUGUUGGGGAAUCUGACGGUUUCUUCAACACCAGACUCGAUGGUCGAAUUGGCAUCAGAUGGGUUGCUUCGAAAGUAUGGUUGCCUACUGGUUCAUCCAUCUGCUGAUAUUAGGCAUGGAGCCAUCGCGACAAUCAACGCAGCAUGUGAAGCUCUGGGGUCGCCCGACAGCGAAGUCUAUGUUGCUCAUCUCCUGUACCCUUUCUUCCGAUUCCUCCCUUCCUUGCGUCAUCUGAAAACGCUUGACGGAAUGGAAACUUGUCUCUACCCGUCGUGGUCAAGAGAGAAGUUCGCCGAAGAACUGAGCGCUUUCAUGAACUCUACUAGCCAGCAACAAACAGCGGGGCCUUGGACGUCGGUUGGCAUCAGGACGUCUGAUUCUACAACUGGACCAGAAUCUAGCACUACCGAAGGAGCCGACGCUGGCAGUGCAGACCAGCAACCUCAGUCCAGCACUGGUCCUGAUGUUAUUGAAGCACAAGUUGCCAGGGUGCGAGAAUACCUGCAAACGCUUGGAAGGCGCAACAAACAACCAUCAGGUUCACAAUCGGAAACCCAGGAAGAAGAAGAGGGCAAAUUUCAUGUCCUCAAGAACGGUAUUGAAGGUUCACUCAAGCUCGCACAAAACAUCAAGUUUCCACGCCAGGAUACUAUCGGAGUCAACAAGCGAACGCUGCCUGCAUGGUACAGCGACCUCCGAGACCAACUCCAAGCGAUGAACUCGGAAACCUCUGAAACAUCGGCCAUCAGAUCGGUAUCAGCUCUGGGCGAAAUCUAUGGCCUGUCAAUCAUGGCAGCGUCAGAUAGCACCGCGGAAUCGCCCGGUGCUUCGGGCGAAGAAACGAAACUGAGCAAAAAAGAGAUCCAAGAUAUGGCUUAUUCUCGAGAAUCCAAGGUUAUAGAGGGUGUUUGCUCUGGGGAAUGGGGUUCUGAAACACAACUUGACCCAGUGCUCCUCGAUACUUCUUUGUUGAUUACCAAGCUCCAAGCUUUGAAUGUACCACCCCUGCCUCCAAGGCUGGGCGAGCUCGCUAGCAUGGCUGUGAGACCGCCACCAUCGUCGCCCGCUUCCAGAGACGCUAAGACCGCUGCUGCUACAGACUGGAGACCCAAAGCCGAUACUCUUUUGGCUACGAGUUCCACACUCUCUGGCCACACAGCCCCUGUUGUUCGGAUUGCAGUCUCGCUGGAUCAGACUUUCUUCGUUUCAGGCAGCUACGAUGGCAGCUGCCGAGUUUGGGAAUUGGACCAAAUCGAAACCAGCUCUGGUGUACUCGAGAGCAGCAUUGCGUACACGGGGCAUGACGAUCGACAGAGCCAAAACACGGCAAGGAUCAACGACGUAGCGAUGGUCGAGGGCAGUCAUUCGGUUGCUUCUGCAGCUAGCAAUGGCUCGGUUCAUGUUUGGCGUGUUGACAGUGUAUCGCAAAAGAAACAGCCAUCUCAAGUCAACACCGAUCUGCGCGGGGCAUACACAAGAUCCCGAGUUGUGGGAACCAGCGAAGUUCGACAAAUCAAUCCACAAGAAGGGGAAAUUCUGGCUGUCUCUCACUAUAACUCCACGAGCGCAUCGAUUGUCACUUUUGCGAGUCAAAAGGGAUCAGUUCACUCUUGGGACUUGCGAUCGUGCGUCGAGCCGUUUGUGCUCAAGCAUGGGCCUGACAUUGGCUAUCUAACGAGCAUGGCUCUGGGUACGGAUCGCAAUUGGCUGUUGACAGGAACGAGCCGAGGGUUCUUGGCGCUUUGGGAUCUACGCUUCAACGCAAACGUGAAGCUGUGGCACCACAGCAGAGCAGCUCCAAUCACUCGACUUGCAACUUCCUUUGUUCCACCUCCGCAGAUGUGGGGUUCCCGAAACCUUGAUGCUUCGUCGCUCCGCCCAUAUGUCUUUGCAUCUUGUGGCCCGAACGAAUGUGCCAUGUUUGACGUGACGACGGGUGAUUGCAGCCAAUGCUUUCGAACCGUGGGUUAUGGCAGCCAUUCGGCACAUGCCUACGCAGAGGAUAUCCCGAAACUUCAAGAAGUUCCCAUCUCUGCAGCAUCCAUGCGACGCAGCGCACUCAUGACGAAUGGGUUCCUGAAGAAUCAAAAUUCAAUGGCUCCGUCAAUGGUAACGUCCAUCAAUGCAAUGUGCGGAAGCAUUGGAGUCAGCGACCACAGCUACCUGAUUACUGGUGGGGGCGACGCCCGAAUCCGGUUUUGGGACUUUGCGGUUCCUUCCAAGUGCUUUGCCGUGUCCGGCCAAUCAUCCUACCAGCCUCGUCCUUCCUUUGAACGGAUUGACCUGGACGGAAACUGUCGUCUCAUGUUGUGCCGCCAGCUUCCUGGGGGUGGCAAGAUGGGUGGCGCUUCAUCUUCUCGAUUAACCAGAAAGCUGGGCAAAGGUGUUACGAAGCAUGAGAACCAUCACACAGAAGCCAUUCAUGAUUUGAAGAUUCUGAACAACACUGCGCUGAUUAGCGCAUCGAGGGAUUGCACUAUCAAGGUAUGGAGAUAG